CCAUCCGCUGUCAAAGCGCUUGUUUAUUUACAUCGAUCUCCCACCUUUCAGCAUCACCAAUCCACGAUAGAAAAGUUGUAAAAACGAAAACAGUACAUUUUCACUUUCGGAUCUUCCCAGGCGUCACGUCCAGCUGCAGCUAACCGGAUCUGCAUAAACAUCACUCUCUAGCCAGCAACAUGCCAAUACCGUGUCGAUUUCUACUAAACUAGUGCUCCGGCGUGGUGGAGGUUUGGAUUGUUGCUGGCCGUUGUUGUUGGUGUGGUACCAGGGAGCAAGUUAGCGCACCACGUCAGCGCGGGAGAUACCCCGAUACUGCGGCAAAGCGAACGGGGCCAAAUGAUGGAGGAAAAGCUAAAGUAUUCGUUUCUGCGCGAUCUUAACGAUGGACAAAGUAUAUGGACUAGAAAUGAAAAACGUACCUGGUUUCUAACGCUUCUGACGGGCACCUGUAUGCUUUACUCAACCCGCACCACGAUGCCACUGCUCGUGCCGGCCGUUGCAGCGGAACGCAAAUGGAGCAAAACCGAUUCCGGCACCGUGCUCAGCUCGUUCUUCUGGGGCUACACGCUAACGCAGGUGCUCGGCGGCUAUCUGAGCGACAAGUUCGGUGGCCAGAAGGUGAUACUGCUGGCGGCCAUCGGUUGGUCGCUGAUUACCUUCUGGAUGCCAAACAUCAUUACCUCGUCGACCCUGUUCGCGUCCUACUCCAUCCCGUUUAUCGUUACCGUUAGAAUAAUCAACGGUGCCUGCCAGGGCGUCCACUUUCCGAGCAUGAUAAGCAUCACUAGUCAGAAUCUGAGCUCGUGCGAGCGGGCCAGCUUCUUCAGCAUACUCACGUCCGGGUCAGCGCUCGGGACGCUACUGACCGGCAUUGUCGGCUCGUUCCUGCUCGAUUACUUCGGUUGGCCGACCGCGUUCCGGGUGAUCGGAUUCCUCGGCCUUUCGUGGACGCUCUUCCUGCGCUACUACACGAUGGCCUCCGAUCGCAGCCGGAUCAUCAACAUUUCCAUGCCGAGCCGGAUGUACACGAAGCUCGGGACGCCCGAAACGGUGCCUUGGUUGCGGUUGUUCGAGCGCAGCAGCUUUUGGGCCUGUGUGCUAGCGCACGCCUGUGAGAUGAAUUGUUUCUUUGUGCUGCUCUCGUGGCUACCGACGUACUUUCACGAGAAUUUCCCGCACGCCAAGGGCUGGGUAGUGAACAUGAUUCCCUGGCUAGCGCUUCCACCGGUCACCCUCAUCGGAAAGCUACUGACCGAGCAUCUGCUUGCCAAGCAGUGGACCCUGACGCGCAUCCGCAAGCUGGUACAGAGCCUAUGCUUUCUGGGUCAAAACUGUGCCCUGUUUCUGAUGUGCCGAACGCAGGACUUUAACAUGGCACUUACCUGCAUGUCAAUUAUUAUCGGACUGUCCGGGUUGCACAACAAUGCGGUCACUGUGAACCCGCAGGAUCUUGCCCCGAGCCAUUCGGGCAGCGUGUUCGGGCUGAUGAAUACGGUCGGCGCGAUACCGGGCUUUCUGGGCGUUUACCUUGCCGGUCACAUACUCGAACUGACGCAAUCGUGGUCGGCCGUUUUCAGUACGGCGGCCGCCAUCAACACCUUCGGGUGGCUCAUCUUUACCGUGUUUGGUUCGGCUGAAACGAUUGUUUAGAGCUUUUUUUCUUCAAUUCCCUCCACCCCAGGUGGCGGGUGGAUGAAAACGGAAGCCAAAAACCAAAAUCUAGAUUAGAACCACUCUUCGCCCCGCUAAAGAUGAUAGGUGUACAAAAGAAAAGCAACUCGCACUACUAAUUCCCUACUUGCUCCUUUUAGCACCUCCAUUCCCCCUCUCUCUCUCUCUUUUCUGCCCUCCAAUAAUGUGUCUAAUAAUCCUGUCGAACACGAUGGUACGGUUGGAGGUCCUCCCUGUCCGCAAGGAGAAAGCGAUAGAUUGAAUUGAUUGGGACGAAAGCUACCAAAUUCCUUAGGACACUGGGGCUAGCGGGUUUAGAGGUGGAAUCGAAUCGAUUUCCGACACAACAACCCAUUCCUUAAAACGCCGAAGGUAGCUAACGAAAACCGUUACGACGAGCACUGUUAGAUAUUGUCAAAGCAAGAAAAACAAAAGUAUAUAUAUAUAGAACAAAUAAAACAAAUAAUUGAUGUACCGAA